AUGGAAUACAACAAAAUAGUUGAUACCAGUGAAGUUUUCUGCGAUCACGACGAAAUUUAUGAAUAUAAUCUGAAGAAAGUCAAUAGUAACAAUGUUUUUAUUACAUAUAAAAUGCAGUUGUUGAAAAGUAUCGAGGAAACACAUUAUUACCUAUUCAUAGACAAAUCAUUUGCUGACCCAUCCUUGGAAUCAUUUCAUUCUGAUAUCGAAGCAGCGAUGCUUAAAUUUCGUUCGAUUUUUCAUGAUCUUACGGGAAAUUGUUGGCAUCUCAAAGAACAUUUUGUUCAUGUUCCAGAACACUACGAAUACAUUUAUCCAAAUGAACUCAAUCCCAGGUUAUUAUGGCGCGGUCGGUUCCAGUCAUUUCCCGGCCGUUUCCUGCAAACUUUGAGCUGGAAACGGUCAGGAACUGAUCGGAUAUUUCCUGUGCAAUCCCGGCCGGAAUCAACUCAGAUUUCUAUGGAUCCAGUCGCCGGAAUGAUCGACCUGGAAGUUCAUUAUGAUAUGGUCGACUUAGCGAUUCUGAAAUUGAGCAAACCACUUAAAAAUUUAUCACAUCGACAUGAAUUCGUUAAACCCGGGUUUAAUUCGCCGUCCUGCAAACUCACUUCGGUAAUAAAUUCAAAACUAUAUUUGGUCUGUUACAACGGUGAAUUAACUGAAGAUUCCGACGUGAAACCUUACAAAUACAUACACGGCUUAAAAAAUAUAAGCACUGAUCAAUUCAAUUUUUGUCACAAUUCUAACUACAAGUCAGUCUCUGUUGGAUCAAUCGUUCAUUCGCAUGACUUACCGCAUCUGUCGACUUACGCUACACACACGUGCAGCACGCUGCCUGGUUUUAGCGGAGGCGCCAUAUUUGAUUCGUACGGCAAUUUUACUGGAAUCCAUAUUGGCGUCGCGAACUCUCGCCAAUCGAAAAACCGAGAGAUGUUCUUUAGCAAUGAUACGUACAACAAGUAUAUACCCGUGAAGUCCAAAGCUUUUGUCGACUUUAUCAAUCAGUCGGUGUUGACUAAUAUGACCGAUGUCCAGUUUGCAGAAUGUUGGCGAACAGAUGCGUUGAAUACAAUGCAAGAAGAAACUUACAUUGAGAAAAAAAUGAUCAAUAACGGACAAAAGUUAAUCGGACCAAUCUUCGAUGAAGCAGCCCAAGCAAAUAUUCUUCAUCAACCAGCUGUUCGAGUGAUGGACAAACACUCGUGA